GUGCAGCUAUAUUCAUUGCCCGAGAGAAAUGGCUUAUCGCUGGUGAUAGCAAUGGAUGCAUCCAUGUCUACAACUACAAUGAGAAACAAGGGGUCACGAGCUUUGAUGCUCACGAUGGUUCCAUUAUAUCAUUGGCUGUUCAUCCGGAGCAACAUUUUGUGCUGUCAACGUCUCAUGAUGAUCACCUGAUUAAGGUUUGGGAUUGGAAGAAGGAAUGGGAGUGUACUCGAGUUUUCGAGGGGCACACAAACAGCGUGACGCAAGUAAAGUUUGACCCAGAAAACACGGACCGCUUCGUCAGUGCUUCCUUGGACGGCACAGUCAAGAUCUGGAGCGUUCAGUCUGAUGGCGGUUGCAUCAUCACAAUGGGCGGGUGCGUGGAUGGCCUGCUCUGUGUUGAUUACUUCAAACGCCGUGACCGAUGGCAUCUGAUCACCGGAAGAAAGUACAGGACUGCACAGAUUUGGGACCUGGAGAUGGAACUCGCGGAAGGAUCUGAUAAAAAAAAGGGGUGUGUUGAAACGCUAGAAGGUCAUGCAGGAAAUAUCACCGCCGUCAAUUGGCACCCAGAGCUUUCAUUGCUGGUUACAGGUUCACUUGAUGGAACUAUUCGGCUAUGGGACUCCCAAACCUACAAGCUUGAGAACAUAACUAGUUUUAACCUCGGUGCAGUUCAUGCUUUUGGAUUUUUAACUGGCACAAGGAUGGUGGUAGGGUGCGACCAAGGAAUAGCCUUCUUGGAAAUUUCGUUGCCUUCAAGAUCAUGUACAGAAGAGGAAACUAAGAGAAAUAUAUCUUGAGCACAAAAGAAGUUCGCGGACAAACUUUCAGGGGCACUUUCUUUUUUAUUAAAAAUAGGCACUAGUACUUGUUCUUACACAGUACAUUGCUAUGAUAAUUUUUCAUAUCAUUUGUUUCAUUUUUUUCAUACUUGAGUUGCUCCGGCUGUUUGGUGUUGCCACUGGCCUACACAUAUAUCCUCAAGAGUACUGCCACUCUUAUUCGUUGUAGUGAUGA